AUGGACCCUAAAUAUAGUGCCCAAGAUGUUAUGCGCUGUGCUUUGUGUGAUACCCCCGUCCCUUCUAUGCACUGUGACUUUUGUCAUGUUAAUCUCUGCAAGAACUGUGUAGAGGAACAUCUUUCUGAUUUAUCCAUAGAACAUAAAGUGGUACCUUUCAAAGAGCGAGGAUCUACGCCUAUCUAUCCAAAAUGUCUAUACCAUGAUAAAAGACAUUGUGAACUUUAUUGUGAGAAAUGUGAUAUUCCUGUUUGUUCAACCUGCAUUUCAUCUGGUAAACAUAAACGACACAGAUUAUCAGAUGCGCUGAAGAUAUUCCGCUUUAAAUCGAAAGUUCUGGAAAAAGACUUGAAAGAGCUCGAAAACAUAGUAUAUCCUAAAUAUAGAGAAAUUGUAUCAGACAUAAGAAAUGAAAAGGUCAACUUGGAAAAACAUUACAACUUACUGGAAACAACUGUCACCAAACAUGGAGAGGUCUGGCACACCGAAAUUGAUGCAAUUAUCGACAAAGAAAAAUCUGAAAUUAACAAAAUGAGAAUCCAUCACCUUGCUGUUUUAAAAGAACAUAGUGAUAACAUCCAGCAGAAAAUAUCAGAAAUGGAAAAGACAAUUCUAAAUCUACAGGAAAUUUUUAAAAACCGUGAUGUAUCCCUAGCCUCCACUUACAUAUCAAGGAACGCUGAAUUCAAAGAACUUCCAUCUAGGCUCCAUGUUGCACUGCCUAAAUUUUAUCCCAUGAGAAUCAAUGCAGAACAACUGCAUCAACAAUUUGGCUCUUUCAUUUCAACAAAUGAAUAUGGCUACAGAAAGAAGGCACCAGAAACUGCCUAUUUUAAACCACUGCUUGAUACACCAAUCGUCAUCAAUUCUAUGUCCUCCGAGUACAAUAUAAGACUUGGCAGGAUAGCAUGUCUCACUGAUGAAAUAUUGUGGACAUGUGGGAAUGGACCGAUCAUGAAAUUAUACAAUCUCCAUUGUGAAUUACUUCAGUCAAUCAAGACUGAAUCGGGAAACUCUCCUGCGGACAUAGCAGUGACAAGAAAUGGAAAUUUAGUUUAUACUGACAAUGGACGAAGAACAGUGAACAUUGUGAGAAGAAAAGAAAUAAAAUCAUUAAUCAGACUCCUAAACUGGAGACCGAGUGGUGUCUGCAUGUCCUCCACAAAUGAUCUACUGGUUGCCCUGCUCAGUGAAGAUGGGAAACAAUCAAAAGUUGUUCGAUACUCUGGUUCCAAGGAAAUUCAAGUCAUUCAGUUUGAUGUCGAUGGUAAACCUCUUUAUUCAUCUGGUUAUUAUUGCAGAUUUAUUACAGAGAAUCGGAACCAGAAUAUUUGUGUAGCUGACUUGGGAGCUCAUGCUGUUGUAGUGGUCAAUAAAGCUGGACAUUUCCUCUUCAGAUACACUGGAUCCAGUAACACAGAUUAUUUUUCUUCUAAAAGAUUUGAACCAAGCGGCAUAACUACGGACAGCCAGAGUCGCAUCCUGAUAGCAGACAGUGAUAACAACUUCAUCCAUAUCUUGGAUCAGUAUGGAUAUUUUCUUCGUUUCAUUGAAGGAUUUGUAUCAAGACCAGUUGAUUUAUGUAUGGAUACCAAAGAUAACCUCCUUGUAGCUGAUCAUAGUGGUCUUGUGAAGAAAAUCAAAUAUACCGGUUAA